AUGUGUGAUUUUCAAUCAGAAUGUUUAAAGAUAGAAUUAGAAAUCAUGACAAGAUUCUUUUUCGAAAUCCCUCCGGAAUCCAAUUUCAAUUUAGUAUUACAAAAACUUCAUUUAGUGGUGUAUGAUGCCAUAUGUUUUUUCAGAGAAUCUAUUCUCAAAGGAAAAGGUUCCAAACCGAAGAACAACAAAGUCACCAUAACUUUCGUUGAUCUAGCUGGCGGGUGUCUUGCUGCUCUUACCCAUUUCCACUUUUUUGAUUUUAAACAGGAGACUCAAGUUGAUUUGGCCAAAGCCUUUGGAUGGCUAUUACAAAAAUGCUUUACUUGCUGGAAAUUAACCUCUUAUAAAUUAAGGAAUUUGAAAGAAACCUGCUCUGGUAGAGUUUGCAUUGAAGACCGCCUAGAAGGUCUCAAGUUAAGCCCAAGAAUUUGGAAGUAUUUGCAAACCCGCGAAGAAUCUGAUUUGAAAAUUUGCAAAUGUGGAAAGCCUAUCAGUUGGUAA